AUGCUGUCAUCAAACACCAAAGACAAGCAGCGCAUGAAGCGACAAGGCUCAACUUUUGGUCAGCGGCCUCACACCAGAGCGUUUGCCAAACUUCAUGGGCUGAGAGUCAAAGAUUUCACCCUUGAAGACCUCGACGUCGCCUCGGGCAAAACCCGCUCGCGACAAGUCUCACAGCCUCCAACGCAGCCGACCUCCCUGUCGAGCUCCCCGUUGCUACCAUCACCAAAGGUUGGACAAGCUGGGGACACUGCUACGCAACCGCUGGGGACAUUAAACACAAUCCAAACUCGAUCGAACAAGAGCAAGGAGAGGUCUUCGCUCGAGCUGUUGGGUGGAACUGACGCUCCCGAGUUACGGUCACAAAAGCGCCAGUCUCCGAAAGCGCGUCGAGGAGCCAAAGUUCAGCCUCAAUCAAGGGAACUUCCCAUUGGAUCCAGCCCUCUUCGACCAGGGUUGGAGCAGGCGACAGACACAGAGAAACGGGACACUGUCUCCGUCUGGCUAGACUUAAUCAGCCCCGGCACUGUACAGACUUCUCACGAUUCCACGCAGAGACACAUUUAUUCUCACACCGCAUCGGUAUCGGACCCAAGAGACAUGGAAUCUUCAAGUUCAGCUCAAACUAGCGCAAGUGUCGCUACUGAAGACGCAACAACUACGAAUGUUAGCACGAUCCGACAUAUCCCUUUCAUGGAACAUUUGGAAUUCCGAGGCAUCACGGAUAAGUCUUCAAGUGACGAAAAACUUCAGAAACUUGGUCUAGACAAGAAGGUCCAAGACACGCCUUCACAUGUCGAAUUUGGGAAGUUCGAAAGUCUCCUCAGAGUGCUGGAAGACUAUCUUAAGAAGCUACGGAAGUCAGUAAAGGAUCAGUCUUCCGAAAAUGGCCUCCCCGUUUAUGAUGCCUUGAGGCACGAGAUAGGUCACUGGAGACCUGACACUGGGGACUACAGGCGAUUUCCUCCAAUGUCUCCCGAGGACUUUGCAUGGGACAAAAUACAAUGCUCUACAUCGAGUGAGGCCGAUUUCCACCGGACAAUUAUGAUCUCCAUUAUAGAUCGCCUCGAUUUUCGCAGUGUCUUCGCGUUUAGUUGCGAGGAACAAUGGUGCAUUGAAAAGCGGUUUUUGAUAAAACCAACAAACCCUAACAGCAAGAUUUCGCAGCCGAAACCCGACCUUGCCAUAUCGUUUCAUCGAGGUGCAUUCAUUGAGUCGACACGUCUCGAAUAUCCCAUCGAGCUAGGGAAUUGCCUUCAUCCGGGCAAGAGAGGACGCGAGCGAUGGUUCCCUUUUCUCUUCAUGGAAGCUAAAAGGGAGGAUAGCUCGCUCCGUACCGCGUUCGAGAAGAAUCUGUACAGCACAAGCCAGGCGCUCUCCAAUAUCUUCCAGUGGAUGCGUCUAAUCCCCGAGCUCCACCAGCAAUUUUUCAAAGAUGUUCGGACGUUCAGCAUAGUUCUUAAUAACGAAGAUAUGGUGUUAAGAAUGCAUCGCGCCGAAAGAGAUAGAGGUGGUCAGCUUAGGUACGAAUUUACGGAAGUAGCCAAAGUACGAGAUUACAGCCGUGAUGCCGCCUGCCACCUGGUUAAAAGUGUUUUAUUGGACUAUGGAUUGCUACAUCUACAUCCCAUCCUGAAAGACACCUUCCGGAAGGUUGCUGAGAUGGAUCCCUCAAGGGAGAGUGGAGCGAAGCGCAAGCAGGACUUCGUGGAUGUACAGACAACCACGCGGAUCAUUGACGAGGACCAGGUGCCCGAGGAGACAGAUACUCCUCGACUGCAGAGCAUCAAUACGGGGAUAUCCUUCGAUGCCGACAAUCUGACGUUGGCCGGGCCGGAUAACGCACCCAAGCGGAGCAGGAAAAGUCGGGGUGGUCGAUGA